AUGGAGGAGUUGCGCGCGAUCGAUCAGAAGAUUGGGAAGAUCCAGGUGCAAACGGAAACGAUGCUCGGAUAUGUCCGAGCGAUUCAAAGAUAUGUGGCGGCAAUGAAGUCGACGACAUCAGUGAGCUACGAUGAAGCAGGGGAUGUUGACUUUAUGGCGAGCUGUACCGUGUGUGGUAUGGAAACAAAUGGGCGUCAGCUGCCAAAGCAUGUAGAACGUUGCUUUGUGCGCUCAGAGAAGCAAACAUCUUUCGGGACUGCUACUCCUGCUUCGUUUAAUCCAGACAAUCUUUUCUGUGAAGCUUACAACAAAUUAAACAACACGUAUUGUAAGCGAGUGCGAGUGAUCUGCGCUGAACACUACAAAGGAGAUCUUGAAAAUGAACUACAGGUGUGUGCCUACCCCAAGGCAUGGUCUGAGGGGAAGUCGCUUACAUUCGCUGAGAUGUUCGAGCAUGGGCCAGAUCUCCUCAAAGAUCAAGGGUUCUGUUGUGCACCUCGUAAAGACUGUACUCAGCAUCAUCGAUGGGUGCAGGUGCUUGUCGGUACGAUAGAAUGUGAACGUAUGAAUCUUUUGACCCGACUGGACGAGCUUCUCGAAAGAAGAAAAGUAGUGUCUGUGGGCAUUUCUACUCGUGGAGACGUUAAUUUCCUUGCUAAACUUCCAAGUAAGUAA